AUGCAAGAUGAUGAUGUAAAAAUCAACGUCACUUUUGCUGUGGACUUCUACAUCAAUCCGAUGAAGCAACAUCUCAAGCCUUUGGCUAGACUAAUACUUUCGUCAUCAUCCACAGUAAUCCCAGAGAUUAUUCGAAACAAAUUCUCUGGUAAUUUGACUGAAACUACUGACGAUAUUCGAGAAGAUUUUUCUGACAUUGGUGAAAUUCCUGAAACGUUUUUGAACCUUUUCAAGAAGUUGUUCACAAUGACAAGUCGAGUCAUCGUCGAGUCCAUAUUGCAUAAAGGAGUUCCAAUCCCAGUAUUUGACAAUGACAAUCUACCCAACACUUUAAACGACGCUGAGAAGAAGGAGUUUAAGAAUCUGGAACAUCGCAUUGCGGAUAAACUGGAAAAAGACGAGAUACUCCUAGACCAUCGUUUUUCGACAAUAGCCCCAUGAAAUUCCAUGAUAUGAAAGAGAUAGCUGUUUAAAUGACAGCAGUUGUGCAGAAAUGAUAUGGAGUUUUAGCGAAUUUUGCAUUAGCUCAUUUUUUGUGUAGCUAAUUUGCUAACCUUUUUCUACGAAACAUAUUUUAAAGUAGGCACAAAAUAGACACCACAUGAAUGUUAACGCUCGUUUUCGUUAGAAAAACAGAGAUAUGAAAUUAUAAUAUG